AUUUUAAACGCUGCGUUCUUCUCCUUCAUUAUUCGAAAUUAAAGAACCCCUUUUCUCUUCAAAGAACUCAGAACCCUAAAAGCUUCGAAGAACCCCAGCCCCUCAUCCCAGCCCUCCGUGAAGAACCCAACCCUCCGAAGAACCCCAGCGCUCGCAAUGCCUCUGUCGUUACUCUCUCUUCCGGAACUUCCACCAUCGCUGCUCCUUCGGUGGUGACUCUCGCAGGUGGUGACUCUUUCGGCGCUCACCGUCCAUCGCAAGCCCUCCGUUGACGGCCAAAAGAAACCCUUCCGCGGAGCUGUUUUGAGACCUCUGGCAUCAUUGCUGGUUUUUCUCAGAUUCCCUUUGCCACCAUUCUCUGAUUGAUAUGAAAGGAAGCGCUAGGGUUUUUUUUAUUAGUAUAAGGUUCCCCUUUGCUCUCUGCUCGUCGACUCCCCUGCUCCUUCUCCUAGUCCCGAUUGGAGAUGCCUCUGCAGGAAGAUGUUGAGAUCAUGAAGGAUUUAAACAUGGAUGCUUAUAGAUUCUCCAUCUCUUGGUCCAGAAUACUACCAAAGGGAAAGCUCAGUGGAAGUGUAAACAAGGAAGGAAUCAAGUACUAUAAUAACCUCAUCAGUGAGCUACUAGCUAAAGGUAUUCAACCUUUUGUGACUAUUUUACAUUGGGACAUCCCUCAAGUCUUAGAAGAUGAAUAUGGUGGCCUUUUAAGUCCUAAGAUAGUUGAUGAUUUUCGAGACUAUGCCGAGGUUUGUUUUAAAGAAUUCGGAGAUAGAGUGAAGCAUUGGAUCACAGUCAACGAGCCAUGGUCUAUUGGAAAAUUCGCCUACGCAAUUGGAGCUUAUGCACCUGGAAGAUGUUCAUCAUGGCAAAACCUUAAUUGUAGUGGUGGUGGGUGAUUCUGCCACUGAACCUUAUAUAGUGUCACAUUAUCAGUUACUAGCUCAUGCAGCUGCUGUUAACAUCUACAAGACUAAGUAUCAGGAAACUCAAAAGGGUAAGAUAGGGAUAGAAAUAAAUAGUAUGAUAGUACCCUUUUGCAAUGCCAAUGAUGUGUUAGAAUUGCUUGUUUCUUCAGUACAUGGCAUGCUUAUUCAUAUCACCAACUCACUUUUGCAUAUUUGUUGUAAUUUCACAAUAACUUUAGUAUAUUUAAAUAAGUUAUACUAGCUUUAGAAUCAAUGAGAUGUUUAUUUGGAAAACAUAAAGAAGAAUAAAAUUAAGCAAAUUUUAACAUGCAACUAGUAAAAGUACAUAGCAGUAAAGGGUGAAGACUGAAGACUUUCUUAAGUUUCUUUUUGUGUUAUGGGCUUAUGGCCAAGU